CCCGAGGAGAGACUGGGGGGGCACCGGACAGCCCUUCUCCGGUCUGUAGUGACACAUUUGGUUCCCCUGCUGCCACUUUUUGUGGGGCUGGUUUUCCUCACCAUGAGGCGAUAGCGCGGAUUUGUGCCGCGGCACCUGCGCUCCCUCUCCGUCCGCGUCCCGCUGCCUUUUGUCUCGCACAUCGCUGCAGCUCCCAGCCAGCAGUCCACGGGAGCAGCAGCAGCAGCAGCAGGAGGAGGAGGAGGAGGAGGAAGAAGUACAAGAAGAGGAGGAGAAGGAGGAGGAGGAGAGGGGUGUACCUGCCACCCACAGCCGCGCGUCGCACCCGAAAGUGGCCGCUGCGUGGCUGUCACUCCUCAGCCGCUCUUUGUACACUUUCCACGGGACGAGCUGCAGGGGGAAAAAAAACUACUUGAAAUACUAGAAAACUGCCCGUGAGACAAGUAUCUUUUUUUUUGAGAACUCGUGCUCGGGAUCUUGUUUUUGUUGGGAAGAGGAGGACCAGAAGAUGCGUGUCCCAGUGCUGCUGUGCGCGCUGCUGUGCGCGGCGCCGAGCCCCGUGGCCGCGGCGGCGGCCGGGAGCUGCGCCGAUCUGCGGCAGUUCUACACCGGGAAGGGCUUCACCCUGGUGGGGGUCCCGCAGACGGAGAUCUCAGGUGAACAUCUGCGGACGUGUCCUCAGGGUCCGACCUGCUGUACCACCACCAUGGAGGAGAACUUGGCGGGUUUGAGCGCCCGCGAGACAGAGGGACUGAUCAGAGAGGCCGGCAGGUCCCUGCAAGCUUCCUUCAACGCUCUCCACAGGAGCUUCGACACCUAUUUCACAGAGCUGCAUGGUCGGUCGGAGCGCUCCCUGCAGGAGGUUCUCGCUCCACUCGGUCCCCUGUACUUGCAGAACACCCGUCUCUAUGGAGAUCUGUACGCCGACCUGCGCCAGUACUAUCGGGGCUCUGCUCUCAACCUGGAUGAGAACCUGUCUGACUUCUGGUCCCGCCUGCUGGAGCGAACCUUUAAGACCUCUGCUCCCACAGAUGUCAGCUUAUCGGAGGAUUAUCUUGAAUGUGUUGCCAAGCAACACGAGACGCUGCGGCCAUUUGGGGACAUCCCUCGGGACAUGAAGGCGAAGGUGAUCCGGGCUUUUGUGACAGCCAGGUCGUUUGUCCAGGGGCUGUUAGUCAGCGCAGAUGUAAUACGGAAGGUCUCUCAGGUUCCUCUGGGUCCCGAGUGCCUGAAAGCGCUGAUGAAGCUGGUUUACUGCCCCCACUGUCACGGCAUGGCCUCCGUCAAACCCUGCUCCAACUACUGCUCCAAUGUCAUGAAGGGCUGCUUGGCCAACCAGGCCGACCUGGAUCCAGAGUGGCAGAACCUUAUAGACACAAUGAUCCAGGUGGCGUCCAGUUUCAGCAUGGAGCCCAGUCUGGACGUGGUUCUGUCCUCCAUCCCUGCUCGGAUCUACGAGGCCGUGCACUACCUGCAGGAGAAUAUGGACGCUUUCACAACUAAAGUGUACCAGAUGUGUGGUACGCCAGGUGAACUGGCAACAGGAAGUCCCACCCCCCAUGAGCAGAAGAGGAAGAGCGGCUCCUUGACAGCGCUGGAAUACAAACCUUCCCCGACAACUGGACUCAGGCUGGAAAUGCAGGUGUCAGAUCUUACUAGUAAACUUGGGGACAUGCGUCACUAUUGGAUCCAGCUGCCUUUGGCUCUCUGUGACAAACUAGCAGUAGGAGGUCAGGAUAAAUGCUGGAACGGCAUGACGAAGGCCAGGUACCUUCCUGGGGUGAUGGGUGAUGGCUUGGCCAAUCAGAUCAACAACCCGGAGGUGGAACUCGACAUCACGAAGCCAGACAUGACCAUCCGGCAGCAGAUCAUGCAACUGAAAAUAAUGAGCAACAGGCUGAAAAAUGCCCUGGAUGGCAAUGAUGUGGACUUCCAGGAUGCAAGCGAUGACAUCAGUGGCUCAGGAAGCGGGAUGUGUCUCGGUGGUCAGUGUUCUCGGAGCAGACCGGGAUUGUACGCCUACUCACCAGACAACAACCGAGUCCGCGCUGCAGCCGCACCUCAGCCCGCCAUCUGCAGCCUCCUACUGCUGCUCCCGCUGACCGUCCUGCUGCUCCAGCGAUGAUGGACGGCCGCUGCCUCCUGUCGGGCCCUGGGGGCCAGCGCGGGACUGAACAAUGGGAGAAGGGAGGGUGGGGCUUGUCUGGUGGAAGACUGGAACAGAACUUUGCCAAAAAGAAAAAAAAAAGACAUUUUGGACACUAAGUGGACAUUUUUCUUUAACUAAAGAAAAAAAACAACUAAGUGCAGUCUUUAUUUUGCUGAGUUUGAAUAUGUCUUAGUUGGACUGUGAUUUAGUUUGUUCAGCUGGUUUGAGUGGACGAUGACUGAUGGCUGGUGGAAGAUGCUGUCAGGAAAUACAGAGCAGGAAUGAUGAUGUAAGUGGGUCUGAUUAUGAAGAUAAUUAAUGUCUAAUUAGCUCCAGUGUCCAGGUGCCCUUAUCGGUGAUGCAUUCAACAAGACUCUAAGUUUUUCUUUUGUUUUUUUUUUUGUAUUAUUAUUUUUUUUGUAUUUUAUUUUGUAACUUGAGUCAAGGUUGGCUACUUUAACAAACAUUGCAUACGCUGUAAAUCUUUAUGUACAUAACCUUAAAGACUGGCACAGUAUUGAGCCAUGAAUGUACAAUAUGAUACUCUGUUGGCAAUUAAUCCCCAAUUAAUCUGUGAUGUAGUCGUCCAGGCGUGGUGGCAAGAAACAAAUACAGUCGUAAUUAACUUUUUGAAGUAUUGCAAACAAAAUAUCACACUUCUAAAAUAUAUGAAAACAUUGUGAUUGCAAGAUUUCACCUCACUUUUAUUUUGUGAGAAUAAGAAAUGUUCACAUUUUUCGAGACUCAUCACCUUUUUGUAAAACAAAUUGAAAAAGUAUUAUCAAAGCGCCGAAAAAACAAGCACAUACAAACAUUUUUUUUCUGUCUUUAGUUCUGUCUUAUGAAGGCAGAAAUUGACAAUACUUUGACACGCCUGGUUGCAACCAUUAAAAGUGACUUAAGGGAGGUACUCACUACAUAGAACACAUUUCAAAACGCUAAUGUGAGCGAAGACUGCCUGAUAAAUGCACAUUUCUGUUAAGUAAAAUCAACAGACAAUGACUGUAGGUUAAACCAAAGCUACUACACUCUACACAUUUGUUCUCACAGCAGAAAAUGCCCAAGGUAUGUUGAACAUGUGAAACCCACUCGUUUUGUUUUACGUUGUCGUGUUAAAGCAAAGGCAUCACUGGAAUACCAAACAUGAUCAGCUCUGAAAAUGCUCUGUUUUUGUACAUAUGGAGGUAUUUUCAAAAUUCCAUCGACAUUUGCUGAGUGAUGUGUUGUUUAAACUAGCAUGCCUCUCUCUCUGUAUGUCUUCAACACUAAACUGGUACACACCAACAUCCUGAUUUACACAAAUGGCAGAAGUAGUACAUGCAAACACAUUUACACACUCGGGGACUGUGUAUUAAGCUGGUUUCUAAUCAUCAGUGUAUUUAAUGAUGCAUUUCAUCCAUUAAACUCUG